AUGCCUGUGAACGGUGCGGCAACUGGAUUUGACUGUCUGAAGGUGGUGCAGGUGACUCGCCCUGCUCUUACUGUAGCCUGCCGCUCCAGUCUCUACGGCCACUGCCCCGCCCAUCCACCAGGAUCUCCCAAGGCGGAGGUGCAUCUGGCGCUUUGUCUCUACCAGUUGGGGGACCUGAGGAGCGCAUUGCAAUGCAGUCAUACUGAGGCUGUCGCUGCUUCAGGUUUGCGCGAGAGGGUGGAAAGGCAGACGCGUCUCUGCAGCAAGUGCUCACGCGACCACCUGUGGUCUGCAGUGAGAGGUCGUCUGUCCAUCCUCGGCUGGUUGCUUGAGUAUCGCGUUUGUCAUGCACUCCUCGGGGACGUAAUCACCGGCGUUACUGUCGGUAUCAUGCAUAUUCCACAAGGGCUUGGGUACGCCAUGCUUGCCGGCCUGCCUCCCAUCACCGGCCUCUACAUGGCCUUCUUCCCCGCACUGGUGUAUGUACUGAUGGGCACCUCACGCCACGUGUCUAUAGGUACAUUUGCUGUUUCGUGCAUGAUGAUGGAAAAGCUGGUGCUGGAGCUGAGCACAGGGGACUCCACGCCCACCACCACGCCGGGCCCGCCAGGUGAGAACGGGACACUUGUGCUGGUUCCCGAUGGCUCUCUUCACAGCGUGGCGACAUCCCUCAACGCUACUGCCGUCUCUGCUGUAGUAGUCAGUCACAGCUCGCAGGAGGUGGCCGCUGUUUUAGCGCUCGCUGUGGGCAUGUGGCAGGUAUUGAUGGGCGUGCUGCAGGUGGGCCAGGUGUUCUCCGUGCUCCUCUCACACAUGAUCACCUCCACCUUCACCACCAGCGUCGCCUUCCUGGUCCUGACAUCACAGCUCAAGAACGUGUUAGGGAUCCCCGUGCCCCGCCACUCCGGUCCCUUCAAGACCAUCUACACAUACCGAGACCUGUGUCUCGGCUUGCCCUCUGUCAACCCGGUGGUGGUCGGGGUGUCCGUGGUCUGCAUUGUUACUCUAGUAGCCAACAACGAGCUACUGAAGGUGAGUGUUUCUUUAGCCCCGCCUAAGAAAAGUGAGCGCAUCCCUGUGCCCAUGGAGCUGCUGGUGGUGGUGGCGGGCACAGCAGUGAGUCACCUGCUGCACCUGGAGGAGAGGCACCACGUCACCGUCAUCGGCCAAGUCCCUACAGGACUCCCUCCCCCCUCUGCUCCCCGCCUGGAACUGCUGUCAGCAGUGCUAGUUGACGGCUUCCUCAUUGCGCUCAUCAGCUACACCUCAACCUUCUCCAUAGCCAAAAUUUUCGCCCAGAGACAAGGCUACACUGUGGAUGCCGCGCAGGAAUUAUAUGCCCAGGGCCUCCUCCUGCAAGUGAAGGAUCUGACCAAGCUAUGGUCAUCCUCUCGUCUCGACACCGCCAUCUGGUUGGCCACCUUUGUGGUGAGCUUAGUGGUGGGUCUGGAUUACGGCCUCCUGGCGGGCCUGGUGGCCUCGGCAGUGGUGCUGCUCCUUCGUGCACAGCGACCGCUGGCCCUCCACCUCGGUCACGUGCCAUUCACCGACCUCUACCUCGACCUGAAAACCUACCACAAGGCGGUGGAGGUGCCCGGCGUGAAGAUCUUCCAGUUUGGCUCCACUUCGGCAACGCCUCUUACUUCCAUUCCAGCCUCUUCUCUGUCACUGGCCUGGACCUCGCCGCCCACAAGCUUGCCGACGCCAAUUACAUCAGUAGUUCAGUCAUUGAGACGCGAACAUGGUGUGCAUGGAGAUACUUCAAGUCAGGACAACAAUGAUGGGAACCUUGUGAGUCAGGACAAAGUGAGUGACGGAGUGAGUCAAGCUUCUACUCAAGACGAUGCCAAAGACUCGUCGUCUUCCCAGCCUCCCUCGAGCAGAGAUCUGAGUCUGGUUACCGUGGACAGCCAGGCAGAGAAGAGCUUUACCUGCUUCAUAUCAGCGGUGUGCCGCUGGCUGGUGCUCGACUUGUCCCUUGUCAGCUUCGUGGACACCACAGGCGCCAGCAUGCUGAAGCAGCUGCACCACAAUCUCCAGACCACUGGUGUCACUCUGUGUCUGGCGUCAGCCUCAGACAGGGUGGUGGACGCCCUUGAGAGGUGCGGUGUGCUGGAGGAGAUCAGCCGCGACCUCGUCUUUCACUCCACCCACGACGUCAUCACCACCAUCACCUGUCCUCGCCACUUCCCGACCACCCUCCCAGACCUCUAA